AUGAUAGUUAGCUAUGCCAUGGACAGGGUUACCAGCAGUCUAGAAGUUCAAUGUUUGAACGAGGAUUGUGGAUGGAAAGGGAAACUGGGAGCGGCCGGAGACCAUAACCGGCUGUGCCCCCGUCAGGCAAAAAUAUCUUGUCCCUUAGGCUGUAACGAGAAGCUACUCUGGUAAUUCAAUUAUCUUGAAAAGUUUCUUUGUGUCAUCGAACGUUUUUCAAAUACAUACACCAUCGUAAUCUCGGCCGGAACUUUAAUGGAGGAUGAAGGUUGUCUAUAGCGAAGAGAGAAAUCCUCUUUGACUGUUCACAGCCUCUCUAUUCACGCACGCGAAAGAAAAAGUGAGCGAAGGGAGCGCGAAGCACGCAGGGGUGGAGGGUGGGUUUAGCGAACGAAUCGAACGGCUCAGUAACCAUGUCUUACCCAGUCAAGUCUUUCGUUCUGCGCUGGCGUCCAUUUUCCUCGCGAUUCUAUCCGUACGUUCAACGAUGAAAUGAAAAUACGAGAAAAUAGAAGGCUGUAAGCAGUCUAAAAAUCCUUUACGAAGUUAAUCAUGGCAGUGUAGUUAAACCAUUAAUAAAGAAGUAAAAUUACUGUAAGUUGGACUUUGUGGUUCGGAAAAAGAAUAAAAAUGUUCCCACUUCCUUCCAUAAUUUAUCCAUCAAACGUUCACUGAUUACUUUUUUCAUAUUAACCUUUUGUGUGCAGGAAAAAUUGGACUUUGUACUUUUUUAUUGCAGGAGUCAGUUUGUUUUCCAUUUGAGUUCAUGUCCAUGUAGGAUUGUGACUUGCAAAAUCAAAGGAUGCAAUCUGAUGUUCUAG